AUGACGAAAGCGGAGGUGACGUUGUUGCAUGUAGCCGCGGACGUGGAUGUUGUAGCUGAGAAAGACAAUGAAAAGAGAUAUCUUCUCAAUAGCGCCAAAGUGAGUUGCGUUAAGGUUGGCUCCGGCAGCUCGGAUGUCGAUGUUAAUGGAAACGACUCCGUUAAUGGAGUUCUAGUGGAAUCGGAUGGCAAUUGCAUUGUCGAAGAAGACCACGAAGUGAAAUCCGAAUCUGAUUCGGUCACUAUUACUAUGAAUCAGCAGGAGGCGGAUAAGGUAGAUGAGAAAGAGAAUGAAACGAGAUAUCUUCUCAAUGGCGCCAACACGAGUAGCGUUAAGGUUGGCACCGGCAGCACGGAUGUUUAUGUUAACGUAAAUGGAAGCGACUCCGUUAAUGGAGUUGUUGUGGAAUCGGGUGACAAUUGCAUUGUCGAAGAAGACCACGAAGUGAAAUCCGAAUCUGAUUCGGUCACUAUUACUAUGAAUCAGCAGGAGGCGGAUAUGGUAGAUGAGAAAGAGAAUGAAACGAGAUAUCUUCUCAAUGGCGCCAACACGAGUAGCGUUAAGGUUGGCACCGGCAGCACGGAUGUUUAUGUUAACGUAAAUGGAAGCGACUCCGUUAAUGGAGUUGUUGUGGAAUCGGGUGACAAUUGCAUUGUCGAAGAAGACCACGAAGUGAAAUCCGAAUCUGAUUCGGUUACAAUUACUAUGACUCAGCAGGAGGUGGAUAUUGUAGCUGAGAAAGAGAAUGAAACGAGAUAUCUUCUCAUUGGCGCCAACGCGAUUUGCGUUAAGGUUAGCUCCGGCAGCUCAGAUGUUUAUGUUAAUGGAAACGACUCUGUUAAUGGAGUUGUAGUGGAAUCGGAUGGCAAUUGCAUUGUCGAAGAAGACCACGAAGUGAAAUCCGAAUCUGAUUCGGUCACUAUUACUAUGAAUCAGCAGGAGGCGGAUAUGGUAGAUGAGAAAGAGAAUGAAACGAGAUAUCUUCUCAAUGGCGCCAACACGAGUAGCGUUAAGGUUGGCACCGGCAGCACGGAUGUUUAUGUUAACGUAAAUGGAAGCGACUCCGUUAAUGGAGUUGUUGUGGAAUCGGGUGACAAUUGCAUUGUCGAAGAAGACCACGAAGUGAAAUCCGAAUCUGAUUCGGUUACAAUUACUAUGACUCAGCAGGAGGUGGAUAUUGUAGCUGAGAAAGAGAAUGAAACGAGAUAUCUUCUCAUUGGCGCCAACGCGAUUUGCGUUAAGGUUAGCUCCGGCAGCUCAGAUGUCUAUGUUAAUGGAAACGACUCCGUUAAUGGAGCUGUAGUGGAAUCAGAUGGCAAUUGCAUUGUCGAAGAAGACCAUGAAGUGAAAUCCGAAUCUGAUUCGGUCACUAUUACUAUGAAUCACCAGGAGGCGGAUAUAGUAGAUGAGAAAGAGAAUGAAACGAGAUAUCUUCUCAAUGGCGCCAACACGAGUAGAGUUAAGGUUGGCACCGGCAGCACGGAUGUUUAUGUUAACGUAAAUAGAAGCGACCCCGUUAAUGGAGUUGUAGUGGAAUCGGGUGACAAUUGUAUUGUCGAAGAAGACCACAAAGUUACUAUCAGUAUGAAUAAGCAGGAGGGGGAGAAACCUGUUGAAGAAAAGGGAGGGUAUGUUGAAGAAAAAUCAGGGGAUGGAGAUGAUUGUUUGGCUAAACAAACUGUUCAGGACGCUGCUGUUGUUAUUGAUUCCAGUGUUCUAAAGAGUGACAGUGCUUCGGAUAGUUCCAUAGUUAUUGAUUCCAGUCUUAAACAGAGUGAUGGUAAAGUUGAUUGUUCGGUUGAAACUGAUGUUAAUUCCAUAGUUAUUGAUUCAGUUACUGUGGAUGAUGAUGCUACACAUAUAGAAAUCAAAACCGACAGUGAUUCUAGUAAGUCUUCUACCACAGUAGAAACUGAUGCAAACUUCGUUGUUGGUAGUAUAUCGUUUGUAGUUGAUGUUCAAAGUAAUCAAUAUAAUGGUAAUCUGGCUGAUUCGGAGAUGGGUUCGCAACUGGUUGAUAAGUCUUUGGACGUGGUUUCGGGUUUGAAAUCGGAAACAAAUGUUAGUUCUGAUUCUAUAUCGGUUGUAGCAAGUAAUUCUUCAGAGAGAACUUGUGGUAUCACGAACGGAGGAAUUGAGUUUAGUAGUUUCGACGAUGAGGCUGAAAGGAAAAUACCGUUAAACUACAUGAUCAGGGUCCCGAGAAACAAUGACGAAAGUUUAAAAGUAGAGAUUAGACUUGCUCAAAUUAAGGUUGAUGAGAAAAGUCGAAUUCGAGAAGGGAUUCGAAACGAUAUGCAAAGCACGAGGGUUACUUGUAAGGAAUAUGGCAAUGAUUUUAAUGCUGCUGUAUCUCAAGAACGAAAGGCUCGAGACUUGCAUAGGUCCAAAUGUCGGGAAAUAGAGUCGAUGCAAUCCGUGUUGGAUAUUGAAGAUAUUGAUAUCAAGAUACGAAACAUGGAAUGGACAAUACAACACCAAACUCUACCACUAAAGGAUGAAAAGAAAUUUAUUAGUGAUAUCAAGCAAUUAAAGCAAACUCGUGAAAAGCUGUCAUCUACCAUGAGUAGACAGGACGAAAAUCAACAAGGUUUGGACCGGAAAGAGCGUCUGAAGGCAUUAAAUUCUUUAAAGAAGGAAGCUGACCAAUUGAAAGCCAACCUCAAAAACGCUGAGGCGAUCACUAAGGCAGCUAAGAGAAAAUACUAUGAGGAAACCGAAAAGUUAAGCGAAUUGCAGUACCAGUUGAAAGCUGCAAAUGACAUCCAACAAGAAGUGUAUGCGCAGUUGCAAAGUUUGAAGAAACAAUCAUAUGAGAAGAGCAAACACUUCUGGCAGUACAAGGAUGAUUUAAAUAAAGCGAAUGAGUUAGCUUCGAAAGGGGAUAAAGUAGCACUCCAAAAUUUUUGUAGUAACCAGGUGGAGAAAUUUAUGGACUUGUGGAAUAACAACGAUGAAUUCCGAAAAGAAUAUGUUAGAUGCAAUGAAAGGAGCACACUUUGGAGACUGAGGACAUUAGAUGGCCGUGCACUUGGUCCUGGUGAAGUGCCUCCUGUAAUUCCUCGAGCACUAAAUGGAAGAGCGGUCGUGGAUCAUACAAUGUCCGGCUUAACUUUGGAAGAUCGAACACAAGAGUUGGUGGCGGUGGCAAAAGCUGAAAAGGUACUUGCGGAAAAGGUUGUGGAGCAAAAGAAGUUUAUGAAAUCUGCUCCUCCAGAAAGUGUUUCAACAACUGCUUCUAAUGGGGAUAAAAUCGAAGAGGCUGAAGAGGAGAAGCCGAAGAGAACAAAGGAGGAGGAGGAAUCGGACAGGAAGGCAGAGGAAUUGAGAAAGGAAGAGGAAGCGGCUAAAUUAAAGGAGCAACGCCGGUUGGAGGAGAUAGCUAAAGCUAAGGAAGCACUAGAAAGGAAGAUGCGAAAGGCAGAGAAGGACGAAGCUCGAGAGGCUAACCGAGCUGCAAAAAAAGCUGAAAAGAAAGAAAAGAAACGAGAAAAGAGGGCUAAGAAGAAGGAAAACCGAAAAGCCGUCGCAACAGCUGGUGACACGGGCAUUGAAGACGAAGCUCUAUCCGCUUGUUCGACUUUUGAAACUCUUGUUGAAACUUCGAAAGAAAUCGAAAACAAAGAGAAACCCAUUGCGGCUACUACGGAAAGGCCUCAAAAGGCAUCAAAGUUUGUGAAACAAACCAAAGUAACAUCUAUUCCCCCUCCUAUUCGAAAUCGGGGUAAGCAAAAGAGGCGGCCAUGGAUGCGGGUCAUUUUAACCUUUUUGGUUAUUUUGGCUUUGUUUUUUUUAGGAAAUUAUAUCUAA